GUUACACGAGUAAGAAAUAAAAAAAAGUUGACUACUGUACAAAAGUCCCAACUUCCGGCGCAGCUCAUCGAUCAACCCCUGGAGGUAUUCGGCUCUGGCCGGUUCCGUACACUUCAUGAGAGCGUUAUGCGUGUCCAACAACGUCCCCGCCAUCGAGGACGUUGCCAACUCCGCAUAGGCAAGUGCCGUCGGGGUCGGGCUCGGCGAUGGGGGGCGGCUUGCGAGGAGGAUGUCGCCUUCGCUUUCCCCUUGUUCUUCUCAGCCUUGACGCCUUCGUGCACCACCUCCAAACAUCGGACUAUUGGGACUUGAGUAAUCACCGGAAUCCAUUUUCUAGUGUAAAUUGAGAGUGAAAAUGCGAAUGAAAAUGUUACAAAUGAAGGUGGGGUAGGGGUAUUUAUAUAAAUAAAAUUUUCGAAUGUUGAAAAAAAAAAACCGUUGCAUCGUCCGCGCCUUGGUCCGUGUCGCCUACAGUGGACGGACGAUGGCGCGGACGAUGUCCUAUCGUCCGCGCUUCCUCCGCGGACUAUCUGUCGGGCGAGGACGGCGCAUCGUCCAUCGUCCGCGCACCCACAGUGGCGAACGAUGGCGCGCCCGAGGCAUCGGGCGACCUAUCAUCCUCCCCACUGUAGUGCCCUCAAAUGUGAACGCAGAGAACGCUUUAAAAAGUUGUGAAUAACUAGAGAAGAAAAAAAAAAUUAUUCUGAAAAUAAUAUAAGUGGUGGGCGCAGGACAGAACCGAAAGUCCUUUAUGGAGAGUGGCCAAAUGUUGAACAAUCUCAUGGAGGGAGGAGAAAUAAAGAAGUUCGCUUAUGUCUGGUUGUCGGCGCUGGCCGCCCUCUCCUAUUCCCGAUUCGUCUCCUCCAAACUCCCCAAGGGAAAAUGGCGCCUGAUCUCGAUCUCCCCCGUCCUCUUCCUCUUCGCAAUCCUCCCUCUCCACACCCCCUCCGCCUUCAUCAGAGCCCUCACCGCCUUCUUCCUCACCUGGCUCGCCUCCUUCAAGCUCCUCCUCUUCUCCUUCGAUCUCGGCCCUCUCCACUCCGAUCCCCCCAAAUCUCUCCCCGUCUUCCUCGCCGCCGCCGCCCUCCCCUUCACCCUCGCCCCCGCCGCCUCCCCGAGAAAUCCCCCGAAACUCCCCCUCAAUUUUCCCGCCAAAAUCGCAAUCGCAGCUUUAUUGAUAUCUCUUUUAUUCGAGCGGAGGCGGAAUCUGCACCCCAUUGUUAUAAUGCUUCUUUACUGCCUUUUACUGUUCCUGAUGAUCGAGAUUAUGGUGGGGCUGUCGAGCAAGGCCGCGUGGGCCCUCCUGGGGGCGGAGCUGCAGCCGCCCUCGGACGAGCCCUACCUCGCGGCCUCGCUACAGGACUUCUGGGGCCGACGCUGGAACCUCACCGUCAGCGGCGUCCUGCGCGAGGCCGUGUUCCAGCCGGCGCGGGCGGCCGCGGGGGCGGCGGUGGGCGCGAGGGCGGCGGCGAUGGUUGGGGUGCUGGCGUCGUUCCUCGUGUCGGGUGUAAUGCAUGAACUCCUGUUUUGGUACCUGACUCCCGGGGCCAGGCCGUCCUGGGAGAUGACCGGGUUUUUCGUGCUCCACGGCGUCUGUGUGGUGGCCGAGUUCGCCGGGAAGGGGAGGUGGCGGCUGCCGGGGUUCGUGGCGGUUGCGUUUGUGAUCGGGACGAGUUUCUGGCUCUUCUUUCCGCCGGUCAUGAGGAACGGCGUCGAUGUCAGAGUCAUUGAAGAAAUUCGUUUCGCGGGGGAGGUUUUGCUCAACUUCCUUUUCAGAUUCACAACUUAGAUUGAUUAUCUAAUAAACCCAUUUGGUGAGUUACAACUUUGUAUUUGGACUGGUUGAAUGGUAGGUGUUAGUUAAAAAGUAUGAAAUGAUAAGCAUGUGAAUAUUGCAUAUUCAUAAUAAUGCUCACAUGAUUUGGUAAGUGUUAGACCAAUUAGAAGUUGAGUGAAGCUUUUAUUCUUCCAUGUUUUGUUAUAAUUUGUGGAUGUUUUGUUGUUAGAAUUGAAGUUUAUAAAAGAUUACGUAACAAUUGAGAGAAAA